AUGCGACCACAGCCCGGUACCCGAAUCUUGUACAAUGGCCAGCCUGGCACUGUGAGAUACCUGGGCUCGGUAGACGGCACUAAAGGAGAAUGGAUUGGUGUCGACUGGGACGACCCGGAACGAGGGAAGCAUGACGGUGUCAAGAAUAACAAACGAUACUUUACAACCAGGUUAGAAUCUUUGGACAUGCCAGUAGCCCAAACCUCAUCCAUUGGAACCAGAUAUCCUCGUUCAGGGUCGUUUAUACGAAUAUCGCCUGCGGUGAAAUAUGGAACAUCUUUCCUGGAGGCCGUGCAGUCCAAGUAUCUGGAAGACCUUCAUGGUUCUGAAACACAAGAAACAGUCAUCCUUGGUUCGUCCCUAGGCGCCAUCGAGGUUGAGGCUGUUAAUCUCGAUAAGAUUCGAAGCAAGCUGGCUCGGCUGGAUCGAUUGCGGAAUUAUGGAAUGGGCCUUCUCAAUCUCGGGACGCAGACAUCAGAUACCUCAAUCUCUCGCUCUCUUUGGUCUAUGACUGGAAAGACAUCACAUCCAUUUCCUCUGAACUGGUGUAUCUCGACCAGCUCGCACUCAAGUUUGUACUCGAUUUGCACAGAUGAAGACGCAUUCCUAGGAUCGCCAUUCCCAAACCUUACCGAACUCGAACUUAAUGAUAUCCGUUUAAGCUGGGAAGCUAUCCAGUCGAUCAUUGCCCAUAUGCCUCGCCUACAAUCACUUGAAGUCGGCUUUAACAAUUUCACAGCACUUGGAUCAUCUCCAAUACCACACAAUACCCUCCAGACCCUUAACUUGGAUAAUAACGCCCUGUCAGACUGGGUCGAUCUAGCAACGACUAUAGACACGUCGUUCCCAUCCCUGGAGAAAGUCAUCCUCACGUCCAACAAGUUCUCGGCGAUCCCACCAAAUGGUGGUGGCGCAGCCCUCUUUCAGAUCAAAUACCUGGCACUCGCGUCAAAUGCGCUUUCUUCUUGGUCAGACCUGGAGAAUUUAUCUCGCUGGCUACCUGGUAUACGCACUCUCUCAUUGAGAAUGAGCCCCAUCACAACCGAGGCUCAUGCUCGAUCCCGAGUCAUCGCCUACUUUCCUACUCUCCAUGUUUUGGACGGCACAAAUAUUUCGAGCAGAGAACGGUCCGAUUCAGAGAUUUUGUACCUUGGUGAUGUCGCCAAAACGCUCGGGGAUGUGCAAGAAGGAACUCUCCCAUUCAGAUGGCAUGAACUUUGCGAAAUCCACGGCAAUCCAAACGCCUCUGCGCCCAAGCAGGAUGAAGACAAGUUGGGGUCCAAAUUGAUCGGUAUCUGGACGUCCAACCAAGGACACGGAUGUAAGCGACCAGGGAGAAUCAUUGACGCUGACCGUACUUCCAAGUAUGGCUCUCCGUAG